CUGGUAGUCGUAUCGAUAAAGAGACAUCUUGGUUCUUCGAACUCGUGCAUUUAACUGUUACACCGUAGAAAUAUAAAAUUCGCAAACGGACAUUCCCACAUAUAUAUCAAGGAGAGAAGGAUUUUUAUAAGUGAAGAAAUAUAUUCGGAAGGGAUUGAUUGCUGAGAAAAUUGAGUGGAGCCAUGCAGAUCAAGGAUAAACGAGUUGUUAUGACUGGUGCAGCAAGUGAUGCGGGUCUAGCAUUCAGCAGAGAGCUGCUACGAAAUGGUGCUUCGAUGAUAGUUAUGAUCGACAUACGGCAGUCUCUUGGAGAACAAGCUGUAAAUAAUUUAAAUAGCGAGUUCGGCCGCAAACGUGCUGUAUUCCUCCACUGCGACGUGGCGAAUAAUUCCGAAUUUGACGCGACGUUCAAAGAAGCGCUCAACAUUCUCGGCGGGCUGGACAUUUUAAUUAACAAUGCAGGCGUCAUAAAUGAAACUAACUUUUCCGAAGCCAUCGAUGUCAACGUGACAGCUGUGAUUCGUGGCACUCUUCUGGGGGUUCAACAAAUGCGAAAGGACUCCGGAGGCAAAGGUGGUGUCAUCGUAAAUAUUUCGUCCAUCGCCGGUUUACGAGCUGUGUCUCAACUGCCGGUGUAUUCUGCAACAAAGCACGCCGUGGUUAGUUUCAGCCGUUCCUUCGCGCAACCUUAUCACUACCAGAAGACUAAUGUAAAAGUAAUUGUUCUGUGUCCCGGUUUGGACGACACACCCGUCUUGAAAGAUUUACCGCAGGGUAUUUCGAACGCUGAUAUUUUGCAGAAUUAUCGACCUCAGAGGGUGGAAAGCAUAGCUCAUGGAUUGAUAUAUGUAAUUCGAUGCGCGCAGAACGGCAGCGUAUGGAUCAGCGAAGACGGAAAACCGGUUUACGAGGUGCAGCUUCCCGACACUCUGCCGCAGAAAACCGAGGUUGACGCGAAGAUAAAAGAUUACACGAGGUUCACUGCGCAUCCAAGUUUGAGAAUCCUCCGCCGACGUUCAUCGGCGUCGGAAAGGGCGAAAGAGAUAGAAGCGAUCAAUGGCAUCGUUUCGGGAAAAAAUGUUUUGAUAACUGGCGGUGCGGCAGGAUUGGGACACGCUUUCCUUACCCAUUUCUUAAAGCACGGAGCAAACAAAAUAAUUAUACUGGAUAUCGACGCCGAAACCGGCCAACGAAUUGUGCUCGGCAUCGAAAAAUCUUGCGGCGAGAAAAAGGUGCAGUUCAUACACGCCGACGUAUCUAAUCACAAGCAAGUGACUGAGGCUUUCGAAGAAGCAUCAUCGCUAUUAGGAAACAUUGACAUCGUGAUAAACAACGCCGGAGUUUUAGACGAGCGAAGAUGGGAGAAGGAAAUCGCGGUGAACAUUGGAGGCAUGGUCAGCACCGCGAUGCUAGCUAUAAAAUAUAUGAGCAGAGAUACGGGUGGUCACGGUGGCAUCUUGGUGAACGUGAGCCAGCAUACGGAUAUUCGAAAUACAGCUCAACUUCCGGUUUACAAUGCCACGAAGCACGCUGUCAUCGGUCUAUCGCAAUCUCUAUCGGAUCCUUAUCACUACGAGAAGACCGGCGUUACCGUGAUAACUUUGUGCCCGGGACUGACGGAAACCGCCCUGACAAUAGACAGCCCCAACAGACUUCUUUCCAGAGUCAUGAAGGCGGAUUUCGUCAAAAAUCUUGAACAAUUCUCGAUACAAACGCCUUACGUAGUCGCGCAGGGCCUAAUGACGAUCUUGAGGAUCGGCGAGACCGGCAGUAUUUGGGUUAUCGAGAGCGGCAGAGCGCCUUACGAGGUUUACAUGCCGAAUCCGCGUACUCUGCGACGUCACUACAAGAACAACUUCCCACACUCCGUCGACACUAAGGUCGCGGGAGGUCGCGCGAUAAGAGAAGUCUGCGACAGCACGAGGACAGGCCUGAUGGGCUGCGCUUGA